AUGGACAGCCCGUGCCAGCCGCAGCCCCUGAGUCAGGCUCUCCCUCAGUUGCCGGGUUCGGUGUCAGAGCCCUUGGAGCCUAGCAGGGCCAGGAUGGGGGUGGAGAGUUACCUGCCCUGUCCCCUGCUGUCCUCCUACCACCGUCCAGGAGGGCCUGGUGAGGCCUCGGCGGGGAGUGGGACCCCCAGAGCUACAGCUACUUCCACCACAGCCAGCCCCCUGCGGGAGGGCUUCGGUGGGCAGGAUGGCGGCGAGCUGCGGCCGCUGCAGAGUGAGGGUGCUGCGGCACUGGUCACCAAGGGGUGCCAGCGACUGGCAGCCCAGGGCGCCCGGCCCGAGGCCCCCAAACGGAAAUGGGCAGAGGAUGGUGGGGAUGCCCCCGCCCCCAGCAAGCGGCCCUGGGCCAGGCAGGAGAACCAGGAGGCGGAGGCAGAGGGGGAGGGCUGCAGCAGUGGCAGUGGUGAGGCCAGCUCCGGGCUGAGGGAGGAGGUGCUGCCCGCUGCACCUGAGCGCCUGGCCCUGGACUAUAUUGUGCCCUGCAUGCGGUACUAUGGCAUCUGCGUCAAGGACAGCUUCCUGGGGGCGGCACUGGGUGGCCGAGUGCUGGCAGAGGUGGAGGCCCUGAAGCGGGGCGGGCGCCUGCGUGAUGGGCAGCUAGUGAGCCAGCGGGCUAUCCCGCCACGCAGCAUCCGUGGGGACCAGAUUGCCUGGGUGGAAGGCCAUGAGCCAGGCUGCCGAAGCAUCGGUGCCCUCAUGGCCCACGUGGAUGCUGUAAUCCGCCACUGUGCUGGGAGGCUGGGCAGCUACGUCAUCAAUGGGCGCACCAAGGCCAUGGUGGCAUGUUACCCAGGUAACGGGCUGGGGUACGUGAGACACGUUGACAAUCCCCAUGGCGAUGGGCGCUGCAUCACCUGCAUCUAUUACCUGAAUCAGAACUGGGACGUCAAGGUGCAUGGCGGCCUGCUGCAGAUAUUCCCUGAGGGCCGUCCCGUGGUAGCCAACAUUGAGCCACUCUUUGACCGGCUGCUCAUUUUCUGGUCUGAUCGGCGGAACCCCCAUGAGGUGAAACCAGCCUAUGCCACCAGGUACGCCAUCACUGUCUGGUAUUUUGAUGCCAAGGAGCGAGCAGCAGCCAAAGACAAGUAUCAGCUAGCAUCGGGACAGAAAGGUGUCCAAGUACCUGUAUCACAGCCGACUACGCCCACCUAGGGGCUAGCCCCAGAGCUGCACGGACAGACAGCUUGCCCUGACUUCGGGAGAGCCCUGGGCCCCGGUGCUGCCCGUCACGGUGCCUGCUCCUUCCCCGCCACUGCCGCUGCUUCUGACUUUGCCUCUGUUCUGCCUGGUGUGGAGGGCUCCAU